UGACAUUGACAUUUAAUUCCGUAAAUCACAAAUAUUAUAGAUUUCGUUCGUGUUAGAAUUUUAACUCUUAUAACAUUUGUGAUUGAAAAACUACUUAUAUUUAAGUACUUACUGAUUUUUUAUCUUUUGUAAUUAUGGCAAAUUUCACUGUUGACGGAAAAAUAUGCAUUGAACGCGAUCUCGGAGUUGUAGCUACAAACAGAGAAUUUGAGGAUAUAAUUUCUCAUUUCGAUGUACUUAAUACAUGUAAAUGGAUAUCAGAUAAUAAUUUUUCGAAGGUCUGCCUACAGUUUCCCGACGAACUUUUAAAUGUGAGUGCUCUAUUAUAUGAAGAGAUAAAGAAUAGAUGUGAUGUUGACCUGUAUAUCUUAGGAGACACUUCAUAUGCUAGCUGUUGUGUGGAUGCAGUGGCAGCUAUGCAUGUACAGGGUGAAGCAGUAAUUCACUAUGGACGCAGUUGUUUUACAAAAGCAGACAUACCUGUAUUCACAGUCCUACCAAAGACGGAAUUGGAUGUCAACACUUCAAUGAAAAGUUUACAGGAUAAUUUCAAAUCAGAUGAAUUAGAUAAAUUUUGCCUAUUUUAUGAUGCAGAAUUUGAACACUGUAAAGAUGAAAUAGAAAUGGCAUGGUAUCAACAAUAUCCCAAUAGUUACAUAGCAUACAUUGAAAUAGAAGAAAGUGGAAAAAGAUUCCUUGGCCGUGUAGUUAGAGAUGUACAUGGUGAGGAACACAAUGAGGAUGUACUUAAAAAUUGCAUUUGCAUUUACAUUGGCCAGAGUGGACAAACAUUAUUUAAUUAUACUAUAUCUAUUAAAGCAAAACAAUGGUUAUCACUAAAUCCAGAAACAUUACAAGUAGAGAGAAAGACUGAAACAGCCUGGUUCAAACGAAGACAUUUCCUAAUAGAGAAGUGUAAAGACGCCAAUGUGAUUGGUAUACUAAUAUGCAAAUUAGCCGGGGAACAGACAAAAGACAUUAUCAGCAGACUAAAAGAUCUUUGUAAAGUUAACGGAAAGAAAAGCUACAUAAUAUCUGUAGGGAAACCCAAUGUUGCCAAACUUGCUAACUUCCCAGAGAUUGAUAUUUACGUUAUGGUUGCUUGUGCAGAGAAUGAUCUCUACAAUAACAGAGAUUUCUACAAACCGAUUGUUUAUCCAUUUGAACUUGAGGUCGCAUUGAAUUCAAACAGGGAACCUUAUUUCACCACUCAUGUGACAGACUAUGAUGAAUUACUCCCAGGAAAGAAACAUUAUUGUGAUAUAAAUGAAGCUAAAGAAUCUACAGAUGUCAGUCUUAUAACAAAUAAAAUAAGAGAAACGAAAGUUCAUAGUUCGAUUGAAAGUUCAAUGGAGUUAGUUGAAAAACAAAGUAUGGCGUUAGAAACUAUCGGACAGAAUCUUCAGGAAAGAUCAUGGAAGGGUUUGGAACAGAAAUUAGGAGAAACCGAGGUAAAGAAAGCUGAAGAAGGUCGCAAAGGAAUACCACUGCAGUACAAUAAUGAGCCAGAGUAAAUAAGAAUGUAUACUUUUAUUUACAGACUGAUUUUAUGUAGCAAAUGUAAACCUGACAUGUUAUUUUUUGUCUUUCUUGACAAUAUUAAAGUUAAAAAAGCUUUGAUAUCAAA